GUUGUUGUCUUUGGGAGAAUAGUUCCGUAAUAAUUUCCAUUUUCUCUGUAUAUGUUUAGCUUGUUUGAGAUUAAUCUAAACAGUAAACUGAUGCAUACAGUAUUGUUAUCUUAAUUCAAAACAACUUUAUAUCCGAUGCCAGAUAUGUAUUCUUAACGAGAACUGAAUUAGUGCUAUCAACGCGGUUUUUCGCUGCGUCUAUUUGUCCACAUUAGCGUGUUGUGCUAAAAUGAACAUAACCCUUCGUGUAAGGAUGAUUCUACCUGUAAUAAGUGUGAAAAAUUAAAUGAGUGCUAUGAUGCUGCCGUACUACGGCUUGUUAUAGUGUCAGUGAUACAUUAAAAGUUUGAUAACAAUGGGUGAAACAGAAGAAUUUAAUACAUUAGCCUUUGAAAAACGAUUAAUGCAAUUAAAAGACACUCAAGAAAGUAUCCAGGGAUUAUCUUCAUGGUGCCUUAAACAACGGACACAUCAUAAAAAAAUUGUAUCAAGUUGGUUGAAUGUGUUGAAGAGGGUUAAGGUGGAGCAGAGGCUUGUUUUGUUUUAUCUCGCCAACGAUGUGAUUCAGUACAGUAAGAGGAAGAACUACGAGUUUGUAGAGAGCUGGGGGCUCAAUUUACAGAAAGCUACUCCUUUAGUCAGAGAUGAAAAAGUGCGACCUAAAAUACUGCGCAUCUUCAAAAUUUGGGAACAGAGAUCGGUGUAUGAUGAUGAAUUUCUAUCAGAUCUGACGGGCUUGUUAAGUGCAGGGGCAAUAAAGAAAACAGACGAUGAAUCUAUUGAAUUUCAGCCUACUCAACUUGUGAACAAAGUAAAGCAAUGUGCAGUAUUAGAAGCUGAUACGGACCUUAGACUGAAGGAUAUCCAUGACAGCCAUCUUGAACUAUCCGAUGCAGAUGCACUCAGAACUAGUCUUAAGGGUCUGUAUGAAGAGAGAAACAACAAGGAUGACGUAGAAAAGGAGUUGAAUGAUGGCAUCGCGUGCGUGGAGAGGUAUACGCAAGCGUUACAGAGAGAGAUAGUUGCUAGGGAAGCACUGCUAGCCCUCCUAACAUCUGCCAAUCAGUACUAUUCUACUCAGAGGGGUGAAGUUAAAGUCGUCGCCUAUGCAUACAAGAACUUUGGAGCAAGAGUGCGGGUAUUAAAACGCAAGCUGGACGAGUUGAUACCGACGCUGCCCCACGCGGCCCCGUCGCCGCCGCAGCGCGAUGAGGACGUGCCCUCUCCCGGGCCCGACGAGGAUUUAGACCUGCCGGCGCCCGCCGACAGGACCGAUGAUGAUGACAGUAAGGAAUAUCCUGUCAUCCAUACAAGAUAUACACGCAUAAUACUCAUUGAAUUGUUUCAAAAUGUGUCAAGUUAAGCCAAGCUUCAGUGA